AUGAAUCUGACGAAUCUGAUGAGUCACGCGAAGGAUACUCUUACAGGCCUCCUAAAACCCCUUCGUCCACCACCGCGAGACCGAGACCUCCCACGCCCGGACUCAGAUGAAUCCGAUGAGUCAAGGGAAGUCCCCCGCAUCACAACGCCCAGACCAAGGUAUUCUCGCCCAGAUUCCGAUGAGUCGGAUGAAAGUGAUGAGUCACUUGAGAGGCCCCGCCUGAGGGUGCCGAGACCGCGGUAUUCUCGCCCAGACUCCGAUGAAUCAGAUGAGUCUGAUGAGUCAGAUGAGUCGCGGGAGAUCUCAACGCCCAGGCCAGUGUAUAGACGCCCUGAUUCCGAUGAAUCUGAUGAAUCCCGCGAAGGAUACGUGUACAGGCCUCCGAAGACUCCCUUCUUCCUCACCACCGCGAGACCGAGACUCCCACGCCCGGACUCUGAUGAAUCCGAUGAGUCAGAUGAGUCGAGGGAAACCACGACCCCGAGGCCAACCACGACUCCACGACCAAUCAUCAGACGCCCUGAUUCCGAUGAAUCUGACGAAUCCGAUGAAUCGCGUGAAGGAUACGUCUACAGGCCUCCUAAAACGCCCUUCGUUUUUACGACCCCGAGACCAAGGCUCCCACGCCCAGACUCUGAUGAGUCGGACGAGUCAGAUGAGUCGAGAGAGACUACGACCCCAAGGCCGACCACGACUCCACGACCAGUCACCAGACGCCCCGACUCAGACGAAUCAGACGAGUCUCGCGAAGGGACAAGAUACGUCGCCCCGGAACCCCAGUCAUCCGAAGAAGCUUCCCCCGAGGUCCCGGCACCUCCUACGCCCAGGACUCGCUACGUGGCCCCUGAGUCGUCCGAGGAAUCGCGAGAAGGGGGCUAUGACUACACGCCCCCGAAGACUCCUUUCAACUUCCCGGGCCAGGACUCUGAGGAAUCAAAGGAAGCUCCUGGGACUCUCUAUUCCGCCCCAGAGUCACAGGAGUCCAAAGAGUCUCGAGAAGGAUACGUGUACAAUGCCCCGAGUGUACCUUUUCCGUUUCCACAAAUAUUACAUGCGACUGCGGACUUGAAGCAAACACCCUGUGACCCAAACAUCCCUUUUACUUUGGAAACAAGUAUAACAUUUGACAAGAGUCAAGGUCAAACAUAUGGUAAAGCCAACCAAGCACUCGAAUACCAUGAUUAUCCAAAUGUGUUAACCCUUUUUGGCUGUGUGGCAGUAGCCUUUGGAGAGAUCACAGACCACACUAUCACUUUGGUCGGGAAUUUUGAUUAUGCUCUCUGUGAAAUUUUGGAAAUACCCACUUUCUUGGUGAUAUACCGUUGGUUCAUCAUAAAAAUCCGCCCCACUCAGUUCCUUUCCCCAACCCAUGGUGUUUCUGUAGGCAGUCUUGAUUCGAUUUGCAUAGUAGAAGGGCCAGGUUUAGCCAAUUAUGCAUUUGCAUGUAUGAAGAGAAUUAAAACCGGAAACCAGAAAUCCAGAAUAUAUUGA